AUGGAAAGAAUAUUAGAAAAAAUUUAUACCGAAGUAAUAAAGAAAGACAAUGUAAUAAAUGAAGACGAAAAACAUAGAGCUAGAGAAAAAACUAGAGGAGAAGUAAUAGUAGGAUUAUCAAAGAUAAAAAUAGGUAAGGCAGCUGCAGAUGAUAAAAUUAAACCAGAAAUGGUCUUAUUAGAAAAAGUAAAACAUCGUACACAUAUUGUCAGGGUUUUAGUGGGAGCACCGGAAGGGCAAUCAAGGUAUCAAGAUCCUGGAAUAGUUCAGAGAGGUGGCACCGUGUACAAAUGUCGAUCAGAUUCUGACAGUGUUUGUGAUCAAAUUCCAUUUGACAGAACAAAGACUUUGUAA